AGCGCAGGCUCCAGACUCUCUCAUCUACAGUGGCAGCAGGGUCACACUUGAAACUUCUGUGGCUAGCUAGGACUUCUCAGGUGAAAUCCAUUUCCCCUUCCCCCUGCCUUUUCUCAUUCUUUUCAAGAAAUAUUCUCGUAGACAUUGUGCUGGUCAGUCCUGGGAAGGCUCUGUUGCUGAGAAGGGUAAGGCUGCUCUCUAAUCCUGUUCUUAUUGAGCUGAUUAGCUUUCUGGGUUUCUGAGCGUUCCUAGGCAGUGGGGUGGUGGUGUUCCUUCUAUUUAAGAGCUGAAAAUGCCCUGGGACGAAUUGCCUCCAGGCUACAAACUUAACGUGGCCAGCUAUAGCUAUGGGGAGGGGUGGAGGCCCGAAGGAAAAUGAAGUUGGCAAAGGUUUUCCUUUAACCGCGUGUUUUCCUGUACAGUCUUUGACAAGUAACUUGGUGAAAGUUUGCUCCAAGAAAAAGCCGCAAGGACUUUUGCUGCUAAAAUUUCACAGGGCUGGCGGCUCUUCCCUGCUAACAUGUCUCUCGAGUCGUAAACAAACAACGGUUUUAAAUAUUGAUAAAAUUUGGGUUUUUUUAUUAUUAUUUUUAAAAAACCUGAGCUACAAAUCCUUAUAUAGAUCUCAUAUUAAGCUUUAAAUAUGUAAAGGAUACUUGGCUGUCUUUAAAUGUUCAUUGCACUUGCCAAAGGAAUAUCGGCAUAGCUAGCUGAGAGAGAAUUGAUAUGUAUCCAAAGCAUACUGGCUAUUUUCAACCUGUACCGAUGAAAUAAACAGAUAUUUUUUUUAGUAAUGGAGAACAGAAAGGGCUGCAAAUGUAUACCUGGCAAUAUUUCUUUUUUUCUCCCUUAAAAAGAAUUAAAACCCCAAGCAUGAAAUGCACUUUAAACUGGACGUGCCUUAAAAUGGCAAGCGACUUUGAGAGACCCCAGAGAGCGAUGCUAUUCUUGGAAACGUCCCUGAUAGCUUUCAACAGAUGCAGCUUAAGGAAUGCAGCUUGGGGGGGAGCAGCUGACCCGCCACUUUGGCAAAGUGACAUUCUGGGACCUCUGCUCAUUCUGGUACGCGGGCAAUGGCUGAUGCUUCUAACACACACACACACACACACACACAAUCAUCUCGCUUGCACAUAGCUGCCACCUAGCAGGAGGGACUGGGUGAUGGGUGGACGCCAUACCCCCCUGAAAGAGGAACUAACCAUUCCUUUCUAUACUUAAAAUGCUGAAUGGCUCGUGCUUUUUAAAAACUGUGUGCAAGAAAGCGCUAAUGCAGAUGGUACUCCAGUAUACAGCAUUGCUUAACCCUUGCCUGUUUUAACAUUUUGCAGCGCUCUUUGACUCGCAGGGGCUUAUUUCGGGCUGCCGAUGCACUCGUUUGAUCUAAGAUGUUCAUUACAUCUUGAUUUUCCUCUUCCUCCAAGCAGAUCAAAUGUGGUAUACAGCAAUGUCCUCUCCCUUCGCCAUUCUAUCCUCAGGACUGACUCAUGGAGUUUGGUUAUGCUGCGAUAGAGUGACUGGUCCAAAGUUAUCCUCUAGAGAGGAUUUGAACUCAGGUCCUAGUCUACCUUAUCUAGAGCAUCCAAAUCCAUAUAGGUCGAUGCUUCACUCUGUCACAUACCCUCCAACACUUCUCCAUAGCUGUCAACAUUUCCCUUUUUUUAAGGGAAAUUCCCUUAUUCCGAAUAGGAUUCCUCACAAGAAAAGGGAAAAGUUGACAGCUAUGCAUUUCUCCGAUGAAAAUAGGGAUGUCCCAUUCCAUAAUGAUAAUUUUUACUAUUUAUACCCCACACAUCUUACUAAGUUGCCCCAGCCACUCUGGGCAGCUUCCAACAUAUAGAAAAACAAAAUAAAACAUUAAACUUUUUAAAAAAAUACUUCCCUAUACAGGAUUGCCUUCAGACAGCUUGGGCGUCAGAUAACUCCAUACCCUUCAAAAUUUCUCCAGUGAAAAUAGGGACACCCUAAGAAAAGCAGGACAUUUCAGGAUCAAAUCAGAAACUGGGAUGACUUCUCUAAAUCAGGGACGUCCCUGGAAAAUAGGGACACUUGGAGGGUUGGUCUCUCAUUGGUCCUCUACCAACCCUACAGGCCUGAGUUGUCAGUGAUAUUGUGGGUUGCUGGCUUUCUGCUUUUGGCAUUACAACAGUUUCACCCAGCCUGGUGCCCUUCAGUGCUGUUUGAGGUUGGCAUAGCACUUGUCUUAUGAGGAGGAAGAAGCGACUGAAUUAUUCAGGAAAGUUUCCCAUGUCAUGUGACAGAGCACUCAGCUGGAAGUCUGGAUCAAUUCAUGGUGAGAGUUAUGUCCAGAAAGCUGGUUUGGUGAAAACCAGAAUGCGCAAAUCUACAAGUGUUUUGUGUAGACAAACUGUAAAUUAGGCUUGUCUGCAAUUGCUCAAAAGAUAAAUCCUGUUGAUUUCAGUGGGGCAGAUGUAAAUAAAUAUGGAGGUCAUCCAUAACCAUUCUCCUGCCAGUACAAGUAGGAUUUUCUUUUGCUUCCCAGGUGGCGCUGUGGGUUAAACCACAGAGCCUAAGACUUGCCGAUUAGAAGAUCAGCGGUUCGAAUCCCCGUGAUGGGGUGAGCUCCUGUUGCUCAGUCCCAGUUUCUGCCAACCUAGUAGUUUGAAAGCAUGUCAAAGUGCAAGGCGUUUCCGUGUGCUGCUCUGGUUCGCCAGAAGCGGCUUAGUCAUGCUGGCCACAUGACCCGGAAGCUGUAUGCCGGCUCCCUCGGCCAAUAAAGCGAGAUGAGCGCCGCAACCCCAGAGUUGGCCAUGACUGGAGCUAAUGGUCAGGGGUCCCUUUACCUUUACUCCUGGUCCUUUGGUGGAGCUCUAUAUAAUUUAAUACCAAUUCAGAUCCCCAACUACUACAUGGUCUGAAAAGAAGGGAGGUUGUCGAUUUCAGCUGAAUGCAAAUUAAACAUGUGCUGUGCUCAGUGUUGUAUGGCACUUGCCACAUGGACAAGGAGUGAAGAAACAUUACUUGUCAUGAGGAAAACUGUCAUGUGAACCCAUCUUAAAAAUUCAUCUAUGCUGUUCUUGUAUUAUUAUUGGAUUUUUUACAGUGCAUUUAUUGUAUUGCCAUCUUUCUGCUCCUUAUUUUAAUGUGUACCAUUUACUAUAUUUUGGUUUCAUAAUUUCUGUAAAUUGCUUAAGGAUUUUGACCAAAGAUGUUAAGCUGUAUAUAAAAUGUCCUGACCAUAAUUAAAACAGGUUAUUAUUAUUAUUGUUAUUAUUAUUAUUAUUAUUAUUAUUAAGUAAGUAAAUUUGGAUUCCGCCCUACAGAAUAUAAAACACAAAAUACAUAAUAAAAGCAAAACAAGCCAAUAAUCUCCCUUCUCCCCAAGCAAUUUUUUAAAAAUACAAUAAACUCUUUUUUAUGUGCAACAAAAAAAUUGAAAGACUAUAGUGGGCCUGUUCUACCCAAUUCAGUAGUAGUUAGGUGUAAAAGAGCCACAACUUUCAACUUGAUUUAUUAUUUCAAAAUUGUAUGUUUCUUUUCACUGUUAUCUCUUAGUCUAGUCAUGCUGUUUUGGAGGAAAAUAAUUACCUCAGGCUUUAGCAGGCCGCUGAGUCUAUCUACAAAAGAGAAGAGCAGUCUGUUCUUACAUAUGAAGGACAGAGGCAGUCUCCAGUUUAAGUGAAUAAGUCUUCACACUCCCAAUCCCGAAACAUACUGAUUUGGAACUUCAGCCAGUGGGACUUGCUUUGUACUAAAUGUGCUUUAGGAUUGGGCUGCGAAUCCUAUCUAUUGGUCAGCUUGUCCACACGACAAAAAAAGAAAAAAGAAAAAAAUGGGGCUCAAGAGCAAUGCACAAUUUUCUCGUGUUGUGGGCCCAGCAACCCUGUGAAGCAGAUUGGUCUGAGAGAUUUAUUUAUUUAUUUUAAAAUUUUAUAUACCCCCUUUUCUUUAUGUAGGUCCCAAAGCAGCUUACAAUCAUGACAUACAUAACUUAAAACAGAAAUUAAACCUAAUUUUGAAACCGCCUAUAUAAAAUAAUGCUGCAAAACAUCUCAGAAGCAUUCAGGGUGCAAAAGCCUCCAAAAAUAAAACCUGAUUUGACCAGGCAUCUGAAGCUCUGUAGGGAUAGUGCCCAUGUAUAACUUCUUGUGGCAGGGAGUUCCGCUGAGUUGGACCCACAACACUAAAAGCUCAACAUGUGAGUCAGAUUCUGGCCCACAGCAAACCACUAAUAGGGCUCCCUGCCAUGAUCUCAGUGUCCAACUUGGGGUGUGUCAGCCUUUCAGUAAGCAUCAUAGCUUAUUGAACUCCCUUCAAGUUGAGGUCAGACAGGCCCACUCCCUACUGAACUUCUGAAUAUAUUUUUAUUAUUUCAGCAGGCAUUUAAAUUGAUGUUUGAUUUUGUAAUUACAGCUGGUUUUUCUUUUUGGUAUUAUAUUUUUACAAACCACUUGGGGAGUACGAGUUUGACACAAGACACUGAGUAGAUACAAACCACCAUUUACCAAGCAAUAUUUAUUCACUUGCAUGAGGUUACAGAUGUGUGUGAUUGCGGAGUUUUCCGUAAUCUCCUGCUGUUCCACUUUUCUUAUUUUUCUGUUUCCUCUUGCCACCUGCAAGGACGCUUUGCAGUCAUUUUCAGUGAGAUGCUGAAAACCAACGCACUGAAAUACGGGUCUAAAAGUUGUCCUUUUCUCCUUCUCCUUCUCCUUCUUCUAGCUAGCUCCUGGCUGUGAUAUUAUAUUGCAGUCAUGGCGCCCAAGAAGAAGAACGUCAAAAAGAGCAAGGUGGAUAUCAAUGAGCUGACCAUCAUCGUGGAAGAUGGUCCUCUCAGCAAGCUGAACGGCUUGAAUGGCCUUUUGGAAGGGGGGAACGGCUUCAGCUGUGUCUCGACUGAGGUUUCCGAUGCUCUCUAUAGUCCCAACCUUUUGGAAGGGCUGUGCAGGAUGAGACUGGAGAACUUCCUCUGUGAUUUAGUCAUUGGUACCAAAACAAAGUCUUUUGAUGUCCACAAGGUGGUGAUGGCUUCCUGCAGUGAUUACUUCCACAACAUCUUGAAGAAAGACCCAUUAACUCAGAGAGUGGACCUCAACGAUGUGUCUCCCCUGGGCCUAGCUACUGUCAUUGCAUAUGCCUACACAGGAAAGCUCACUCUCUCGCUCUAUACUAUAGGUAGCAUCAUCUCCACAGCCAUCUACCUUCAGAUUCAUACCCUUGUGAAGAUGUGCAGUGAUUUUUUGAUGCAAGAAAUCAACGUGGAGAAUUGCAUGUAUGUUGCUAACAUCGCAGAGACAUAUGGACUCAAAACCACCAAGGAAGCAGCUCAGAAAUUCAUCAGAGACAACUUCAUUGAGUUUUCCGAAUCGGAUCAGUUCUUAAAGCUCACUUUUGACCGGAUCAAUGAACUUCUUGCAGAUGAUGACUUGCAGUUGCCUUCUGAACUCGUUGCAUUCCAAAUUGCAAUGAGAUGGCUGGAAUUUGACCAAAAAAGAGCAAAAUAUGCUGCGGAUCUGUUGAGCAACAUUCGCUUUGGUACCAUCUCUGCCCAAGACCUGGUGAAUUAUGUUCAGACUGUACCAAGAAUGAUGCAAGAUGCAGAUUGCCAUAGACUUCUAGUAGAUGCCAUGAAUUACCAUUUGCUUCCCUACCACCAGAAUACAUUGCAGUCUAGGAGAACAAGGAUUCGUGGAGGAUUACGGGUCCUGGUUACGGUUGGGGGACGCCCAGCUUUAACAGAGAAAUCCCUUAGCAGAGACAUUUUAUACAGAGACCCUGACAAUGGAUGGAAGAGGCUUACUGAGAUGCCUGCUAAAAGCUUCAACCAGUGCGUCACCGUGAUGGAUGGAUUCCUCUACGUGGCAGGUGGAGAAGACCAGAAUGAUGCCAGGAAUCAGGCUAAGCAUGCGGUCAGCAAUUUCUGCAGGUAACUGGUUAUUUAUAGAGGUAGUAUGUUCAGCACAUAACAGCUCCGGAGGGGGAGGGAGAGGGAAAUGCAGAUGCAUAAACAGCAACGGAAGAACAAUCUUGAUUGAGGUUGUUGUUUUUAGCAUAGGUGCCUGUGAUUGACAAAUGCCAUCCAAGCCAUGCCAAAAGGGAAUACAGUGGUACCUUGGUUUACGAACUUAAUCCAUUCCGGAAGUCCGUUCUUAAACCAAAGCGUUCUUAAACCAAGGCGUGCUUUCCCAUAGCAGCGGGGGGGGGCUCAAUUUACAAAUGGAACACACUCAACAGGAAGCGAAACAUGUUCUGCUUCCAAGGCAAAGUUCACAAACCAAAACACCUACUUCCGGGUUUGCAGCGUUCUUAAUCCAAGUUGUUCAUAAACUAAGCUGUUCUUAGUUACCACUGUAUCUGCAAAGGUCGAUUAUUAUUUUUGGAAGGAAAAAACAGCCAGAAAAAAAUGCCUUUGUGACAAAGUUAGAUUAACAGCGUCCCUAUUUAUAUGUUUACAACAGGGAUGUUGCAAAGAGGAAAAUGCAUGUACAAGCAGGCUAGCUCCACUCCCUGUUUCCACUGACAUUUGUAUGUUCAAGGGUGACUGUCUCCUGCAGGAAAGCCUCCUGCAGCCAUGGAAGACAAUGGGGACACCGCAAGCAGGCUCAUGCACGCUCCCCAUUCGUUGUGUGUUUAAGUCCCCUUAUGAACGCCUGAAUAACUCAAAUGUCUCGGAUGAUAUGCAAGUUGGAUAAGACUCAAAUGCUUCUCCACCCAAGAGCUGUUGGUGCUUCACAGUUGGCGUACUAAUUUGAAAUAGGAUUAGACAGGCACGUUUUCCAUUUCUUUGUCAUAGUAAUAUAUUUACUGGCCUAUAUGUAAGCGCAUGAGACUCUUAAUCUCAGAGUGACGGGUUUGAGCCCCACAUUGGGCAAAAGAUUGCAUUGCCCCUUGGGGUCCCUUCCAAGUCUACAAUUCUAUGAUUCUAAAUGGUGUAAGGUAUCGAGUGCAUUUGCUUUAUUGCCCUACAACUGGGGUGUGGAAUGGGGCUGCAGAUGUUUAUCCCAUUAGUCCAAGCGAGACAGGGGUGCUGGGAGUUGUAGUUCAGCAACCUCUGGAGGGACAAAGGUAUCCCUCACCUGGCCUACAACAUGGAUAAGGACCCAUUAUCUUCUUUCUCUCUUUGGGUCAUAUUGCCAAUAUUAAAGUUGUCAGUGGGCCAUGCUCAGGAGAAUAAACACAAUCUUUUAUGCACAGAAAACCGCAAACAUACUGGGAGCCAGUAUCCGAUGAUAACGGAGGUGUGGGGUUAAUGCAUCUGGGCUUCUCAAAUGUGAGGGGUGGUGAUCGUGUGAUGGCGUCACUGAUUUCCCAACAUGCACUGCAUCAACACUAAACUAGGAACUGUACAGGGUGUAGAAAUGGCUGUGCUUCCCAGACAGUUUUGUGGUCUAUAUAUCAUGUUUCUGUAAAUGAUGGUCAUAUGGUGUAUGGUGGAAAGAUUUGCACUGGGAGCCUCUUAUGACCAGGCAGCCAGAGCUGGGUUAGAAUGGCCAUUUACUGUCUUGCCAGUGAGCGGCAGUUGCAGCCCAGCGUGACAUCUCCUCUCUCCGCCAGAUGAGUAGAUUUAGAUUGUUUCCUUGUCUGCUCCUGUGGCCGCAGAGGCUCAUGGGUUCCUACCUAACCCGUCCUUCAAAUGAGCCAAUCCGUGGCGGCCCGGGGGAGGGGCAUGGCCAUCUACUUAGCCUGGCCAACCACUCAGCACAGCAUCCAGUCGGCUGGGAUGCGACCGUGUUAAUCUUAACAUGAAAACCAUCCAGUGCUGGAGAUCCAGGUUUGGGGAAAACAUUUGGACAAGGUGUUCUCAGUAAGCUUCAGUGGACCCAUGCCCACAUCUUGUCUCGAUGCAUCCUUCUCCCUUUGGGCUUAAUCAACAUCACCUCCCACAGAAAGAAGGCAGAACAAAGAGCCCUUGUUCCCUCUGCUCACUUUGCCAUUGCUUCUUCUUCUUGCUCCUGCCUGCUCACUUGCUUGGCAAUGGCAGGCAAACAGGCAGAAGCAGUAAAGGUUUCAGGAGUUGACCGUGAUCCCCCUGCUGGCAGGGUGUGCCUUACCAGGUGCGCAACAAUGCUGAUCUCUGACAGCAGCCCAUAAACUCCCUUAUUUUUAAUUAUUUUUUUAAUGCGAACAUAAAUAAUUAUGCAACAAAUCCUUCUCAUCCUCCAAGUUGGUCAUUCAGAUGCAAGAGAGGCAUCCUUAACACUGCCUGCCUGAAAUGGCUUAGGAGAUUGGGAGCUGUAUUUAAUGAAGUUUUACUCAGAGUAGACACACCAAAAUUAAUCAUCAUGACUAAGUUAGGCCCAUUAAUUUCAGUGGGUCUACUCUGAAUUGAACUUCAUUGACUAUCACCGAUGGGAAGGCCGGAAGCACCAAGAAAGGUGAGUUGAAUAAAUGAAUACAUGACCAGUUUUUAUUCAAACAUGAUAAAACAUGAUGGACAUGGGUAGGGGGAAAAGCACACAGACUUUUUAUCCUGUCCUUACUCUAAGGAGCUCAGGGUGGUGCACAUGAUUUCUCUCCCCCUUGCCCAAUAAUCCUGUGAGGUAGAUUUGGCUGUUGGCAGGGGCGAAACUAGAUUUUAUUCCACCUGGGUCGAAAACUCUCCCAUGAGCACUUGCACACACACACACAAACAGGGUGGGAGUCUCAAUGGUGCCUCUCUGGAGGCUUCAGCCAGGGCAAAAACCCAGCUAGCCCCUCCAUAGCUAUGGCACUGGCUGCUGGUGGCACUGCUGCCCCAGGUCUUAUGCUGUUUAUUAUAAAUUCCCCGUUCUUCCUCCCAGAAGGUCAGAGUGACUUGUGCUUGGCUCCCAGGCAGAAUUGCAUUGAGUGUCUUGAUUGCACAUCAUGUACCUAUUUUGCUGAGUAUUCAUGCAGAGCAUAUGGAAUGAGAAAAUAACUCCCUUCGCAGUUUUCCCCAACAUGUGUAUAUGUAGCAAAAGAGGCAAUGUAUACAAUCCCUUAAAUUGGGGCAGCGGCUGUAGCUCGGGGGUACAGCACAUGCUUUUAAGAUGCUCUGGCAUCUCCACAUCAAAGGAUUGCAGAUUGGCUGAGGAGACAAAACUGGGCUAGAUGGGCAAACGGUCUGGGCUAUAAGGCAGCUUCCUCACUGUGAAUCUGAGGAUGCUCAUGAGGCAAGUCCUCCUGCAAUCCGUCCGCACUGUCAUGAACAUUCCUUCAUUUCUUCCAUGUAUCUAUAGGGAUGUUAGAGGAAAUGGCUUAGUGAGUUCCGUGUAUGGAUGCCAGUCUUAUAUGAGGAUCACCCACAGGAGAGCAAGGUGCCCUUAUGUCUAGAUUCUCAUGGAUUGUGGUUUGUGGCAAAGAUGGAUGGUUUCACCAUGGUUUUUUACCAUGCUUGUACCAUUAAACGUGACAGGCAUUCCUACUCUCAGAUACUAUUUGAUAUGUGUUUCUUUCAAAGAUAUCCACCCAACACAUUUAAAACAGAGACAAUUUCUAGCAGCCGUGCAGAGAGCCUUUACAUUUCCAUAGGUUCAAGUCAGAUGUGAUGCUACAUUGGGGGGAGGGGGGUUGGCCAAUUAUUUUUAUUGAUAUUUCAUGAUUUUUAACAAAUCCUCAUCAAAUUAAUACAAAUUCAAUGUAAAUCUAAACACUGACUUCCCUCCCACCCCAGAUGUCCCCUCUAUUUUCCUCCUUCCUUUGGUGCUCCCAAUAAAAUAACUUUUCCUACUAUCAUUUCAAAAUACAUUCAUCCCUUCUGCCUACACAUCACCUGUUCAAUUACCAGUUUCUGCUGUGGCUUUUAUACAUUGUUAUAGCCUGUCCUCAAAACAGUUGAGUAGAGUAAAUCCUCUUCUAUCUCUCUAUAAGAGUCGUUCAUCAAUUUUCAAACAUUUCCUUCUGAUGCCUAUUGAGUAAUACUUUGCCUGAGAAAAACAGAUCUUGCUUCUUCCCAGACAACAUGCAUGCAUUCCUCCUUAACAUGGCUUUGAACAUUGUUGUCUGACAUCUGGCCCCAGUAAUCAACAAUUCAGCCUCACUGGUGCAGUGUGCAGAAGGUGAAAAUGAAACCCCUAGAAUUCUUUGGUAUAAAUAUAUAAUAUACAUCCCUCCCACAACGCUGCCAAUCUCCCAGCGUCACCCACCCUUCACAUUUUGCCAAAUUGAAUCCUCAGUUUUGCAUACAUUAAUAAAUAAACACAAUCCAUAUCUCCUCUUUUCUGUCUGAAAGUCUCAGAAGCCGUCAAGAUGGUACACACUGUGGUCCAUCCUAUCCCUUUCACUGUUCUUAUUUCCAACUUCAGCCUUCAAGGGCCGAUAUGGAUUUUGCUGAGAUUACACAUUGCUAGCAGUCUACUAUGUCUUUGGGAAGGGGGAAGCAGACAAGUGAGGCAGGAUUUUUGAUGGGACUGCCCCAAGUGGAUUGCAGCUGUUAUUACCCCUGGAAGGAUAGUGCCCAUUGGCAUCAAUGGGCAUCAAUGGGAAUAUCCAGGGCACUUCAACCACUGGUUUGGGAAACAGUGUACACACAUUAUGCUGCAAAUUUUUUUUUGCUUCUAACAUUUCACCUUCCUUAUUCCUUAUUCACCUAACCUUAUUCCAAACUCUAUUCAGGGACAGGCCUACCGCUGGCUAGUUCCCUAAUUUAAGACAAAACAAGCCUUUAAAAUAGAACUGGACCUUGGGAGCAAUCCAAACCCAAGGUCUACUGGGAUGACCAGAGUUUGGAAUAGGUGUAUCCGUAGCUGAGCCAGGGCUCAGCCAGAGAGACACCGGGCUAAGGCCUGGCGCUGCCCUGCUCAGUCAAGGCAAGUCCCCCAAAGGGGGUGUUCUGGGGUACUGGUGGGGGCAGGGCAGGAUGGGGAGACUUACUUCAUUUCAAAAUCCAUUCAGCUUGGUCACAUGACAUACCAACCCCAACCCCGUGGAGGUUACACACUGGCAGAAAGGGUGAUGUGAGUUGAAGUGCGAAAACUGAAGGACAACUGUCUUCUCUUCUGUAUCCAGGAAGUUCAGAUCAAGUCGGUUUGCUUCAAAAUGGGGACUGAAUGAAAGCCUCAAACAUCCCUAAGCAGAAAAGCCAUUUCUGGAUUCAGUCUGAUUGCUGGAAUAUUUUUUUUUGGGGGGGCGUGUUUAAGCACUGCUGAUAAUGUUACCUCUCAUUAAAAGGCUUUAAAAGGUAUCUAUCCAUAUUUAUCUUUCCUUCAUCUAUUCCGUCUUGCAAAGUCCAUCUACACGGUUUAACAUAAGAGCUCGUAGUAGAGCAGAACUGACAAGGAAGAGUCUCCUUGAUGUUGGUUUUGCUAAUGAACAAUCCCUGUGGUGCUAUAUUGAAUAGUAUUUAAUCCUUUGCUCCCAUGCCAUUUCCAGCACUGUAAGUCACACACUUCCAGCUGUUAUUAGCUCUUCUGAGAUGGGGCAGUGGCAUAUGAAUAGCAACUGUACUGGAGAGAUGGCGUUGUUUAGCAGGCCAUCUGUGCUUCAAAUUUCACCUCAGCCAUUAGUUCAACAGGUACCUUGAAGCAAGCUGAUCUCUCUGUCAUGGCCAUUAUUCAUUUCGGACUGAGUUUAUGCCAUCCACUCACUUGUUAUGGUUAGACGAGCCUCUCUGUCUCAGCCUCUUUCUGAAAUAUGGGCACGAUAAUAUUGGCAUACCUUACAGGGUUGCUGAAAGGACUAGUGAGCAUUAAUCUUAAGUAUUAUCAUGUACUGAGGGGAAUAUAAUGGAAAUCAAAUUGCUCUUCCUUUAUAUCAGUCCCAAAGCCAUGCUUAGGCUUGAUAAUUUUGAAAUUAAAUUAUUUACUUCUGGUCAUAAAAUUAUCAUUCAAUAGACACUAAAUAUGAAGCAUUAAAAGAACGCUCCAUAUUUUAAUUUUAAUUUUGUAAAUCCAGUAUAGAACAUAUAAUUCUAAAUGUUAACUCUGUGUUGAAUUGUGGCUACAGGAUAUAAAUAAUAUAUUUCAUAACUUGAACCUGCAAAUAUAUUUAUAUGCUUUAGAAUACUUUAUAGGCUUAUAUAUCCAGAGUAUUUUGGGGGUGGGGGGGUGGGAUUCAGUCACAUACUGUCAAAUGCACGUUAAGCAAGUAAAGUUCAUUUGGCAUAUUUGAACUGCUGAUUCUCCCCAGAAGCAGACUUUUUGUGAUUAUAAAAUGUGAUGGGAAAAUGCCCUAGAAACAUGGGACAGCAACUGCUUGAUGCAACCCUGUAUAACCUCCCCACAUGCAACUUAGAAUGAACACUCAAUAAAUAGCUGACAUAGUCUAACCUCUUGAUCAACUUUGUAUAAACAAAUCUGGCAAAUGCUUGGCAAACAGGUUGUCUGGAAACAGCCACUAUGUCCAAAUUAAAGCAGGUCACAAACUUUUUUUUCUUUUUGUAGCUGAAAGCAGAGUCAGAAGAGAGAGGAAUAUAGCGAUUGAGGAACCUUAUUUUAUUUUAUAUUAUUACAGAGUCGUAGGCCCUUGCAAGACAACUAAACAACAAGGCUGAUAUUAUUUUCUUUUGAAUUAAUACUUUCUUUCCUGCUUCUUAGAAUUAGCAACAUAUAGCAAUGCAACAAAUAUUCCUAUUCUCACAGGGCAAAUUCUAAGGAUGUAGCCAUAUUAAUCUGUUGCCAAGAAAACAGCAAACAAUCUUGUGGCCCCUUUAAUAACAAACAGGUUCAUUGUAACAUAAGUUUUUGUAGAUUGCAAAUGUUACAAAUCAGACUGGCUAGCAGCAACUAUAUUGCAAUUGGAAGAUUCUUUUACCCAAAUUCUGAACAUUUGGGCUAGUAUAUUUUCUGAAGUUACUAUAAAGCCAGGAUUUUAAUCCUGCCAUUUCCUCGCUGUUAUCUGAAGCAUUAUGAGUAGUGAUUGGACAUUUUAGGAAAUGGAUGAAGGUAUUGUAAAUGUGACCUGAGAAGCCAGACUUGUUUAUAGUGGCCACAAGAAUGCCAGGACCGAAAUUCUGAUCCCAGAAAGUCAAUAGAAAAUACUCCCUCAUUUCUUGUGUGAUCCAACCAGACAGCCUCUUUCUCUUGCCCCUCCUCCCAAUUUUACAGUAAAUUAUAAACCACCUUAGGUGCCUUGGCAGAAAUUCAGCAUAUAAAGUAAAUGAAUAAAUACAUAAAUUUUACGUAGUUACAUACAAAUAACAGAUGGGCUCAUUUCACAGAGAAUAUAAUAAAAUGUAAUGAAACUAGAAUAUGUUACUCCACAAUGUGCCAUUUCUGGCCAUUUCCAAUGUUAGAUUUUGAGUCAUGUACUUUUAACGACGUUAACAAAUAGUAAGAACAUUCUCCAAGGAAGAAGUUUUCUUUCUCCAUCUCUCUUUUUGUAUGUGUAUAUGCAUAUGUUUUGUCUAAGCAUUCAUGUACGAUAGUCACUGGGUAUUUCAAACAUUUCUGGUAAAUAACUAGGAACAAAUGAAAUCAGUUGACUAAGAGCAGUGAAAUUAUAUUAAAUGUCCAUUCAGUUUGGUUUUAUUAGUGAGCUAGCAGUUUGAUUUUCCACAUGUCAGAAUCAAAAGAAUAGAUGCAAUAUGCAUACUAAACUCAAGCUUUUUCCAGUACUCACACGCAACAAAUUACUGGGUGAUACCCAACAUUAGUCAUACUCAGAGGAAGCCCAAUGAUUUUAAUAUACAGUGGUGCCUCAGGUUAAGUACUUAAUUCAUUCCAGAGGUCUGUUCUUAACCUGAAACUGUUCUUAACCUGAAGCACCACUUUAUCUAAUGGGGCCUCCUGCUGCUGCCGCCGCGCCACCGGAGGCCAAUUUCUGUUCUUAUCCUGAAGCAAAGUUCUUAACCUGAAGCACUAUUUCUGGGUUAGCGGAGUCUGUAACCUGAAGCGUAUGUAACCUGAAGCAUAUGUAACCUGAGGUACCACUGUAUCUACUCUGAGUAUGACUUAAUUAUGUAUCACUCACUGGAACACAAUGGGGGGAAUAUGUAAUGAAGUACAUAAUAAAUAAUAUGAAAUGUGCAUAUUAUUAAACCUAGUUUUAUUACAGAGCUGUUACCAGGCGAGAUUCAGACAUCUUACUGAGCCCAGCCUGCUGCUAGUACAACAAUAAUUUAACACGAUCGAUGUCAAAUGGUUAAUCUCAUUCAUUGCCUCCCCAUUUUGUUCGUUGAUUAAACUAUGGACCUGUUGAGCAAGCAGCUCAGCCAAUAUUGCAAGUCUUAUGCUUUUCUUGGGAUCAUUCUUUCAGUGCCAACUCCCUUUUCCAUUGUUUUUACAUAUCUCCAUGCCUGAAACCAAGGUAAUGCUAUCCAGCUGAGAUAUGAGUCAUCUUUCAUGAGGUACAAGCGGUUAUGAACUAGACCCCCAAUGUAGAAAGUUCUGUUUCCCCAAAGAUAUAUGGCCACCAAGUUAGACAGUUUUCAAAUGGGGUUGGAUAAAUUUGUGGAGGACAAGGUUAUCAAUGGCUGCAAGUCCCGAUGGCUAUAUACAUACCACAUUGAAGAUCAGAGACAGUAUGCCUUUGAAUACAAGUUGCUGAGCAUCAAACAGCUGGAGACAGCUAUUGCCUUCAUGCCUAGCAUCAGGCUGACUGCUGUGGGAAACAGGAAGCUGGAGUAGAUAGGCUUUUUGUCUGAUCCAGAAGGGCUUUUCUUAUGAGGAUGCAUGUAUGAGCAUGAAUAGGACCACAGUACCAGGGAAGGAAAGGGACGUUGAUGGUGCUGUGGGUUAAACCACAUAGCCUAGGACUUGCUGAUCAGAAGGUCAGCGGUUUGAAUCCCCACAACACGGUGAGCUCCCGUUGCUCGGUCCCUGCUCCUGCCAACCUAGCAGUUCGAAAGCAUGUCAACGUGCAAGUAGAUAAAUAGGUAUCGCUCCAGCGGGAAGGUAAAUGGCAUUUCCAUGCACUGCUCUGGUUUGCCAGAAGCGGCUUAGUCCUGCUGGCCACAUGACCCGGAAGCUGUACGCCAGCUCCCUUGGCCAAUAAAGCGAGAUGAGCAUCGCAACCCCUGAGUCGUCCAUGACUGGACCUAAUGGUCAGGGGUCCCUUUACCUUUACCAGGGAAGGAAGAUUUUAUCUUCUCCCACACACCACUUUCUGGAUGUAAUUACCGCUCACUCAUCAAAGCAGUGGGUGGGGUUUGUGACCCUGCACAAGCUUCCUGUGCCAGGGUGACACCCCCAUUAGUUGCUGGCUGUUGCCUCGCCCCUUCCCCGGCUACCCAACCAGCUGCCGACGGGGGGGGGGGGGAGCAGAACAAAGAAGAGGUAGUGCAGGGCUCCAGCUGACCAUCUCUCCUGCCUGAAACUUCUAUUUGCUCCAUAGCAGGAAACAUCCAGUUGCCAUAUCAUACCUCCCAAGUUCCCCAGGAAAAAAACGGGACAUCACGUUUUCCCACACAAGAUCGCAGCGGCUAUUUUGGGUGCUGCACUUUCAUGCUAUGUUGUCACUCCCAAAAAGCACUUUUGGGGGCCGUGACCUCCCACAGUGUCCAAAAACAUGUUUUUUGGGGGUGCCCUGUGAGACCUUACUCCAGAAAAAAGUGAAUUUUCAUGUUGAGAGCACAGUGUAGGUCACAUGACUCACUCAGGAGCACAUUCUGGAAGAUGCUCGUUUUUGUUUGGGCUCUGGAAAAGUUGGACGGUAUGCCAUAUAAGUAAUGAGCAGUUUUGGGGAGGGGGUGAUUUCAACUAGGAAAACAGUACAGUGGUACCUCGGGUUAAGAACUUAAUUUGUUCUGGAGGUCUGUUCUUCACCUGAAACUGUUCUUAACCUGAGGUACCACUUUAGCUAAUGGGGCCUCCCGCUGCCGCCAUGCUGUCAGAGCACGGUUUCUGUUCUCAUCCUGAAGCAAAGUUCUUAACCCGAGAUACCAUUUCGGGGUUAGCGGAGUCUGUAACCUGAAGCGCCUGUAAUCCAAGGUACCACUGUACAGGAGAUAAGAGAGUAAUACAGCCUUUUUGGCCCACACCAUGGCCCCGACCUUCAAAGCCCUAAAUGGCCUCAGCCCAGUAUACCUUAAGGAGCAUCUCCACCACCAUUGUUCAGCCCAGACUCUGAGACUGAGAACUGAGGGCCUUCUGGAGGUUCCCUCACUACAAGAAGUGAGGUUACAGGGAACCAGGCAGAGGGCCUUCUCAGUAGUGGUGCCCGCCCUGUGAAACGCCCUCCCAUCAGAUGUCAAGGAAAUAAACAACUAUCUGACUUUUAGAAGACAUCUGAAGGCAUCCUUUUUUAGGGAAGUUUUUAAUGUUUUAUUUUUUAUCGUGCUUUUAAUAUUCUGUUCGUAGCUGCCCAGAGUGGCUGGGGAAACCCAGCCAGACAGGCAGGGUAUAAGUAAUAAAUUAUUAUUAUUUAAUUAUUAUGAUGAUUCACUUUGGGCUCACUGUUGCUUUUAGUUUUGGGAAAAGCUAAGAUCCGAUGAUGGACUUGCAUCUGGUUUAGCCCUCAAUAAUGGCAAUGUUUGGGAGUCUUCAUUUCUGAGAAAAGUAGCAAAUAAGAGAGUGGCAGCUACAGCAAAUACAAAUGUUGUGACUUAGAACUGUAGAUGAAGUUCGUAUCUGGAUCGUACCAGUAAUCCUUCCCCCCUCCCUAUUUCUUUCAGGUACGACCCUCGUUUCAACACAUGGAUUCACCUGGCCAACAUGAAUCAAAAGCGCACCCAUUUCAGCCUGAACGUGUUCAACGGUCUCCUCUUCGCAGUGGGCGGCCGCAACUCGGAAGGCUGUCUCUCUUCCGUCGAAUGUUAUGUCCCAGCAAUUAAUCAAUGGCAAAUGAAGGCCCCUCUGGAGGUGGCUAGGUGCUGCCAUGCUAGUGCGGUCAUAGAUGGUAGGAUCCUGGUCACCGGAGGCUACAUCAAUAACGCUUAUUCCCGCUCGGUUUGCAUGUAUGACCCGGCUAGCGACAGCUGGCAAGACAAGCCCAGCCUGAGUACCCCGAGAGGGUGGCACUGCGCCACUUCCCUUGGGGAAAAGGUCUAUGUCAUGGGAGGGUCCCAACUGGGAGGCCGAGGGGAAAGGGUAGACGUGCUUCCUGUGGAGUGUUACAGUUCUUACCCCGGCCAGUGGAAUUACGCCGCUCCUCUCCCAACCGGCGUGAGCACCGCCGGCGCUUCCAUCCUCAACGGGAAAAUUUACUUGGUGGGAGGAUGGAAUGAAAUAGAAAAGAAAUACAAGAAAUGCAUUCAAUGCUACAACCCUGGUCUUAAUGAAUGGACCGAUGAGGAUGAGUUGCCGGAGGCCACUGUCGGAGUGUCCUGCUGUACCAUUGCGAUGCCCAAUACCAAAACCCGGGAAUCCAGGGCUAGCUCAGUAUCUUCAGUGCCAGUCAGUAUUUAAGUAUUUAAAAACGUAGGCUUAGAAAGACUAGGUUAAACCCUUUUUUACGUGCCUAUAGGAAGGGGUGGGGGCAGGGUGGGGGAGGCGACCUUUGCUUGCCGGUGAAUUUCGGUUCUGCAAAACCAGCCCAUUCAUUGGAAAUACAUGGUAUGACCUGAGAAAUUUAAAAAAUGUAAGGCAUUUGCCACGUCAGGACAAAGCCACAGGCUUCUGACUUUAAACAUUAAAAGCACCUCGCUUCUUUCAAGAGCUGUUUCCCAAGUUCUCAAGAGUUGGAGCUUUGGCCUAAAAGAGAAUAGGCAAAGACAUCCAACAUACGGUAUAUUUGAAAAUAUAGUAAUCACCUGCUAUGUAAAACUAACAUACCGUUAUCUUUAAUCAAUUUGUAUCCCACUUAAUAUUUUAAAGUCUCUUUGGGUUGCAAUGCAUAGGGCUAUGUCAAACAUCUCAGAGUCCCCAAAAUGUUACCUGCAUAUGCAUUAGAUUUCCUUCCUUCAAUAAUUUCCAUGCAGGGGUGAGACAGCAGACCUACAGAAGUUCAACUCUGGCAUUUCUAGACUUUGGCCAGCUUUCUCCAGUUUAAUAACAUCAUUUUCACACAUAAAAGUUCUGCUCUAGGUUAAUUAACAUAGAUCAGGCACGUCCAAUUUCCAAGAGACUAUGAUCUACUCCCACUAUAAAUAAACCGGCAGUGAUCUACUCAUUGGAUUGACCAGAGUUGUUGAGCUUUUUGCAGGGAGGAAGUAGACUUAAGCUUGUGCGCCUUUAUGCUCAACUUUGGGCAACUUUUGGAAGAACUUGACAUUGGGGCAGGAGGAGUAUAGGUGGCACCCCCAGGGCUGUACCACAAAGAGUUUGCCAGCACGAGCCAACAGGCUGAGCUGCAGAGCUGGUGGACUGAGAAACUGGAUCUUCCUUAACACCAGGUUAAGGAAGGCCACUCUAUAGGAUGAAGAGCAGGUAGGAGCUGCUAUUAAAAAACAGCCUUUUCACUGUGAAGGAAUGUAAUAAUACAACACACACACCCCUCACUGAGUUAAUGGCAAAGCCCCCAUGGAUCUUGACAGCUCCUGAUUGUAUUCCAAGAAUUCAAUGCUCUACCUGUGUAUUCAGAAGUAAGCUCCAUUGAGCUUAAUGGAGCUUACUUCUGUAGCAGUGUGCAGAAGAUUGCAGCUUGAAUUGAAAUUCAUCUCGGUCAUACCAUUCAGCUAUUUUUAAAAUCUAAAAACUGGGGAGGGAGGGGGGAUUACAGCAUUUUUGUAAACACUACUGCAUUAGUUCUAUAACAACAACAACAAAGGUUUGUACAUUACUUUUUAAAAAAACAAAAACUAACCACGUGGCAUUCUAAAAUGUAAGCUUAAUGGCUCAUAGUAAUAGGUAAGCUGAAAUUGGAAAAAACACUUUGGUCCAAUAAGGUAGUUUUAAGUAGUAUUGUUUAGGGUAGAAUGACAGGGGAAACUUUGGGAAUCCAACACCUUAUUGUUAAUUUAAUAAAGCAUUACCACUUGAAUUGCUUAUAUUAUGUAGUAUGGAAGAAGAAUAGCCAGCUUUAGCUAGAUGAGUCUGAAAAGCUUCCCCCCCUCCCGUUUAUAUACUUGAAUGGCCCUAUCCAUGUUGCUGAGUCAUAUUUCAAACCAAUAAUGUAAAAAAUAGAAAUAAUCUCUGUCUCUUCACAAUCUGCAAGAAAAAAAUGACCCAAAUUGUUUUGGGUUUUUUGUUUAUUUAUUUGUGUGUGUGUGGUGUGUGUAUGUGUGUGUGUGUGUGUGAGAGAGAGAGAGAGAGAGAAAGAAAGAAAGAGAGAGGGGGAAGUAGAAUAAAUCAGGAGUGGCUCUAUGGGCAGACCGUCCCCAAGCUAAGUAUCAUGGCAGGGGGGCUGAGACCGUAGGCUCUGAUAGGUUUAAAAUCAAGAGCUACUAGGAACCAGGAACCAGGCAGAGGGCCUUCUUGGUAGUGGCACCCGCCCUGUGGAAUGCACUCCCACCAGAUGUCAAAGAGAAGAACAACUACCAGACUUUUAGAAGACAUCUAAAGGCAGCCCUGUUUAGGGAAGCUUUUAAUGUUUAACAGACCACUGUAUUUUAAUAAUUUGUUGGAAGCCGCCCAGAGUGGCUGGGGAAACCCAGCCAGAUGGGCGGGGUAUAAAUAAUAAAUUAUUAUUAUUAUUAUUAUUAUUAUUAUUAUUAUUAUUCAGGCUGCCAUCCCAUGCCUGGUGGGCCUUCUGGUGUCUGCUGGGAUUCUUGCAACAUUCUGGACUAGAACCUUUGUUUGAUCCAUCAAGGCAUUUCUUACACAAGUCAAGCACAGCAGUGGCUGACAUCACUUCCCAGUGCCCCCUUUUUCAGUACAAGGAUGAGUGAUGGGCAGCUGCCAGGGGUGCCAACUUGAAUAAAAUAUGGGGGGAGGGGCAGGUAAGCCCCGCCCUGCAUAAUCGAUCACAUGACGUGGUGCACAGACACCAUUUGAAUGGCAAAAACUGGGGGGGGCGCAGGCCCCUCAAAUGUUUUACGGAGGGGGAGGCAAAGCCCUCUCUGCCCCUAGGAGUUGGUUCCUAUGGCAACUGCCACUGUAGUUUUCCCACAAUGCCUUGCAGCAACACUACAUAACUAGGGGCGAUUGUAGGCAAUUGUGGCGUCCAGCCCUGGCAAGAAUGCAGACUCAGAGUCACUUCUACAAUCCAGUUGUUCCUUUAGUGUUAUGAGGUCUUUUUGAAUAUACACACUUACUUGGUGUGAUUGACAGAUCAAAGGGAUUCUACACCCCCUCACCCCCCCCCAAAAGUAGGCCAUUCAGGUCAGCCUGCCUAUGAUCUAAAUGGGAUGUAUAGGUAUAAGGCCUAUACACCAUUUCCCACGCCCUCCCUCGUUCGGAGGGGUAAUGAUUGCAUGUUAUUAAACAUGAGCGUAUGUUUGUCUCCCUCAGAUGUGACAUUGAAUGCAAGCUGAUGAAGGAGAAGAGUGUGCAUAGGUCCUCUGUGUACAUGAAGAAUGUAUUGAGAUAAAGUGAAGGUUAAGGAAGCUGGAUUUUGUGUUUAGGUCUUGAGUUUGGCGACGCAUGUUGUCAUUUUUAUUUUUUUGUCACUGUCAAUUUCGCAGUCCAGUUCCUGACCCUAUAAAAGAUGCUGUUUUCACUGGGCUCUUUUGUUUCCAGAUAGCAGUUUCAUUAAUAUAAAGGAUGGUAGUUGCCUGCAGAGGUCAUGUUGUUGGAUGAAAAAUUAGGAGAUGGGAAAUAUUGAACAGAAGGCAGUCUGUCAGGUAGGAAGAAAGUUUUAUUUUCCAAGUUUUCGCAUAAUUGGCCAAGGCCUCAGUCUGCACAAAGUGGAGCCCUUAAGAAAGACUUUUCAUCCCGUUUAAAGUUUAGUAGGGUUGUGGCUUUAUCUGAGGCAGGCUAUGCAGUUAUGAAGCAUGGGAGGGAAUUCAAUCAGAGAUGCAUCUGCUCAACUUUGACUCUGAAAUGAUGAGAUUCAAAACAGGCAAAAGAAAGUACUUCUUCAUACAACACAUAGUUAAAAUAUUAAACAUUUAAAAUACGGAAUUUGCAACCACAAGACAUAGUUAUGGCUACUGGCUUAGAUGGGGAUUAGACUUCAGUGGGAGAUACACAUUAAAUUCAAAAUAUGUACCAUCUGUGUACCAGUGUACAGAAUAGUGGCGCUGUACCAAUAAAUAAGUGUACACCUUUUUUUUUUGCACAAAACAAUUUGUAUUUGCAUAAUGGAGAUGGCUUGUUCCUGUGUUCAAUGUAACAGAUGAAAAAGUCUAACAUCAUGGGUGACCCAUCUACCAAUAGCUAUUAGCCGUUAUUGCUGGCUAUAUGAAACUUCCACGUUUAGAGACAAUAUGCCACAGAAUGCCAUUUGCUGAGGAACAACAGCAGUGGGUGACUGCAGGCAUCUGGUUGGCCACUGUUGAAAACAGGAUGUUGGCUUAGAUGGACUACUGGUCUAACGUCACAAGUUUUUUCUUAGGAUCUUAGGCUACCUCUCAUCAUAACAAGUGGCCCUUUAAAACUCCAAGCCACCUAAAGUGUCAUAAUGUAAGAUUUUGGAAAACAAUGAAUGAGAGACUGCAUGGAAAUAGAACCAAUGUGACAGGCUCAUGGCUGCAGGAGUCUUGUAUUAACGGCUACUACAGGUGUGGUGGCAUCUUUUGCCGAUUCUGCAGUUAGGGCUCACCCUCGCUUCCUCUUGUCCUGAUGCUGUCCUCCAGGGAAAAUCAUUCUUUAUAGCUUAAUUGGAGCAAAUGACCAUUCGGCUUUUUUCUCCAGAUCAUAGGUGCCAGCUCCUAAUGGCAGAGGCACUUUUGUCCACCCCACCCCAUGUUUUUGUUUUGAGGGAGCUGGACCCCCUCAAAGUUCAGAGGCAGUAUGGCACCACCCCUUGGCUCCUUGCAAUGUCAGGAAGUCAAGUGACUUCCCGCGCGUGAUGUCGCAGUCGGAUUGAGGAGAUGGCGUCUCUGUUCCGGAUUGACAUUUGCUCCGAUUUAGCACUAAAGAGUGGGUUUUCCCUGGCAAAGGAGCGGGUCAAGGGGGGAAACCACUCCAACCUAAGCCUAGAAAUUGUGGGUCAAGAGGAAAAUGGCUUGGGCCCGUGCUUUCUAGACAACAGACAAGCAGAAGUGUCAAUGGGCCUUUAGUCCCAUCAGUUUCAAUAGGGAUACAAAUAGGUGCAAAAUUUCUCACGUUGGGGCAGCCUUUGCCUUCCAUUUGUUUAGGACUAAAACUCUCAUCUGCUCAAGCCAGCAAGGCCAUGAUCAUGUUCCUUACUGUGCUGGCUGGGACUCAUGGGCACGGUAGUCCAAAACUCCCCUGGAGCUAAUAAUUUCAAAAUGAGGAGUCUUCAGUCAGUGCAACUCCAGAGUCAUGUGACUGGAGUUAAUCAUACUUUUCUCAAUUAAACUGAGAUUGUAGCAAAAGAAAUGUUACUGUUUGCUAAAGGUUAUUACCUCCUAGGCAAGCCCUGUUUCUGUGUCAUUAACAGAAACCUGACAUGCUCUUCCUGGCAUUGAAAUAAGUGGCAUGGAGAUAAUUAGUCACUUCAGCUGCUAAUUUCUGUGCGUGUGGCAGCAGCUAGAAUCCAAUAUGUACCCGGAGGGCCACAUGUUCCCUGUUCUAGAGCUUGAAGCACAGUAGCUGCAGCAGUAAAAGGAGGUUGUUGGUAAACCUUGCCACAGAGACUAAGCCUGCAACGCAUUGACAGGAUUGAAGCAUGGUAAUAAAGCCUGAGGAUAGGAAGGUGUUAUUCACAAUAAGACAGUGGGAUGCCGUUUGCGCUAUUCUCUCUGGAAAAACUUGAGCGAGUCUAAGGGUAAGUGAAUGUUGGACAAAAUACCUGGAUCCACGUUGUACGAUGAGAGAGAAAGAAAGGUUGCUGUCAAUGAAAAUCUAAAGUUAUACUAAUAAACUGACUGAUGGUUCAACUGAUUUAUGAUUUAUUAGAGUGUAGGGAAUAAAAUGGUGGUAGCUUUCAUAUUCUCACUAACGAAUACGAAUGGGGAAAACACACUAUCUGGUAUACAUUUGCUUGUCUCUUCUUUCUUCUCUGCUUCACUGAAGAUAUAGAUCUAAGUUAACAGAGAUUAAUGACACUGAGCAGUUUCCAAUAUUGUGACAUCCACAGACGUGCUUUAAAAACAGGGAUGAGAAACCUGACACUCCAGGUUUUUGUUGGACUUGCAACACCCCUGACCACUGUCCAUGCUGGUUGGACCUGAUGGGAGUCCAACAACUUCUUGGAGGGGCUCAGGUUUCCUUGUUUUCAAAAGAUGAAGUUAGAAAAUGAAAACACUUUCAGGCUAGACUGCGGUAGGUACAAGGGAACACAUACCUUUCUUACUGGAAGAUGCACAAAUUUAGUUUGAGAACUUUAUUACUUAAAAAUGUGAUGCACUGUGGUGGAACAGUAAAUGUGUUACUAGCACAGCACACACUGGACUGAACUAGAUUGGUAAAGAAAAAGCGAUUGAUAUGCACUGUAUGUGCGAUAUAACAUUGUGCCACCAGAUGGCGAAGUGGAGUCCCAUUUUUCUCUACUUGUUUUCCCCGUUUAAAUUUACGUGUUUAAUUGAAAUGCUUCUUUGAUGUGUCUAGAUCCAGCCACUCUAUUUACUCAUAAAACCUUCAAGGCAAUUGUGAAGUCUGUUGAAAUGAAACCCAUCUCCACUGAAGUAAUAUAAGUACUCUGACGAUAAAAUAUUCUUUGUAUUAUUCCUUUCGGUGAUUUUUCCCUCCAUUAUGUAGUACUUGGAAUAUUUAUUUCACACCCUGUGUACUUUAUGGAAAGCUGUGUUGACUGUCAAUUAAGUUCUUAAUUUUCUAAUUCCUUGCAUGAAAGUACAGUCCAUGAUUUCUGCUGUUUCAAGGCUUUGGGAUACAGACUAGGGCUGAUGUGAGAUGGAGCUCCAGAACAUCUGUAGGGUAACAUUCUGGCUAACUCUGACAUAGGUCAUGUCUGCACUAUGGACAAUUGAAGAUGCAGCCUACCUACAUAUGCUGGGGAUUAAACCUGGGAUCUUCUGCAGGUAAAGCAGAUUCUCUACCAGUGAUAUCAUAUUUGUAUCCCACCAUUAAUCUGAGGGGACAGGACGCGGGUGGCACUGUGGGUUAAACCACAGAGCCUAGGACUUGUCGAUCAGAAGGUCGGCGGUUCAAAUCCCCGCGACGGGGUGAGCUCGGUCCCUGCUCCUGCCAACCUAGCAGUUCGAAAGCACGUCAAAGUGCAAGUAGAUAAAUAGGUACCGCUCCGGCAGGAAGGUAAACGGCGUUUCCGUGCUCAGCUCUGGUUUGCCAGAAGCGGCUUAGUCAUGCUGGCCACAUGACCCGGAAGCUGUACGCCGGCUCCCUCGGCCAAUAAAGCGAGAUGAGUGCCGCAACCCCAGAGUCAGUCACGACUGGACCUAAUGGUCAGGGGUCCCUUUACCUUAUUAAUCUGAGGAGCUCAGAUUAUGAAUGGUUCUCUCUCCCACCCCCAAUUUUAUUUCACAACAACCAUGUGAGGCAGGUUAGGGAGCAAUAGAGCCUCUACUGCAUUUUAAAAUAUGUAUCCGGCUUAAAAGUGCAAUGUUCACAGCAAGCUGUAUAAUUUUAAUGAAUCCUAACACUGUCAGUCUAAACCACUUUUUAAAGCCUGCGGUGGUGGUGGUGGGGCAACAUUACAACUAACGGAAUAAAGGAACUGGAGGACAUGAAGACACGUUCUUGAAUUUCACACCAAGAAUACAACACUUUCUUCUUGAACUUAAAGCCAAUUGUGUAUAGGACAAAAGCAGUAAAUUCUCUCUUAGAGCUUGAAAUGCAGUUUUGUUCCUAUUCUUCCUGACUAGAAUAGGGUCACCUGCCUCAACAGGCUAUGUCCAAUACAUUCCGUAAAACGGGAGUGGGGAAUCUAUGGACUUUCAGAUGUAGUUAGACUGCAGCACCCAUAAUCUCUGACCAUUGGCCUUGAUGGGGAGUCACAACAACAUCUUGAUAAUGUUUUGGGGAAGCGUCCCUGGGGGGGGGGG